GCGGGAGGGAGGAAGGAUGGCUGCGAAGGAGGGCGUGGGUGCGCCCCGUCCAGUCCCGGCCAAGCCUUGCUGCGUCCAGGCGGCGCUUCAGUCCCCCGGCCGGGCUUGGCCCGAGGAGAGCAUGAGGUGAGCGGGGUCCGGCGUGGGCCCGCGCCUGUGCCUGGUGGGAGUGGGGCGCAGGAUGGGCGCGCAGCUGCGCUCGGGCUGCUACCUGGGCCGCCGGACCGGCCUCUUCCUGGCGCUGCUCCUGGCGGCGCUGCUCCUGGCGCUCCUGGUGCUGGGCAUCCUCCUGGGGCGCUGCUCCCGGGCGCCGAGCGAGCCUUCCCGGGAGCCCGGCCCGGCCACGGCCACGCCGCCCGCCUCCGACGCCAGCCACGCGCCCCCCGCGAGACCCCCGGGGCCCUGGGACCGGCCCCGCCUGCCGCCCCACGUGGCGCCGCUCCACUACCAGCUCCGGCUCUGGCCCCACCUGGCGCCCGGACUGCCCCACCCGCCGCGCAGCCACAGCGGGCAGGUCAACAUCAGCGCCCGCUGCCUCCGCGACACCGACGUGGUCCUGCUCCACGGGGAAGGGCUCGCCUACCACGAGGUCUCCGUCUGGGAGGACUCUGGCGGCGGCGGAGAGGCGCCCGUCCCGGUGGAGGAGCGCUGGGAGGAGCCCGCCAGGCAGUACCUGGUGCUCCAGCUGCGGCGCAACCUCAGCGCCGGCGCCCACUGCACGCUCCGCCUCGCCUUCACGGGCAAGGUCCACGGAGGGACGCCGCUCCACGGGCUCUUCCUCAACACCUACCGCGACCAAGGACAGAACAGAACACUGAUUGCAUCACAACUAGAACCAUUAGAUGCAAGGAGAGUUUAUCCAUGCUUUGAUGAGCCUGCUCUGAAAGCUACCUUUAACAUAAGCAUUGUCCAUCAUCCAAGUUAUGUAGCACUUUCCAACAUGCCAGCUAUAGAUGUGUCUGAAUAUAAGGAUGUCAAUGGCAGCACACUGAGUUCAUUGGUAAAUGAGACUACUACGUCAAUUAAUUGGACAGUCACAACAUUUGCAACAACACCAAAAAUGUCCACAUACAUUACUGCUUUUGUGGUCUGUCAGUACGACCAUGUCACCACAACCGAGAGAGGCAAUGAGAUUCGCAUUUGGGCUUCGAAAGAUUCAAUUCAGAAGGGACUUGCUGACCAUGCUUUAAAUAUCACUGGACCAAUCUUUUCAUUUAUGGAAGAUUUAUUUAACAUCAGUUAUCCUCUUUCAAAAACAGAUCUAAUUGCACUACCUGACAUGGAUGCUGGUGCUAUGGAAAACUGGGGACUGAUGACUUUCCAGGAAACGUCUUUACUGUAUAACCCAAAAGAAAAAGACAAAAGAAGCAAGACAAGGGUUACUCAGAUUGUUUCCCAUGAGAUAGGACACCAGUGGUUUGGAAACCUAGUUACCAUGGAAUGGUGGAAUGACUUGUGGCUUAAUGAGGGAUUUGCCACAUACCUUGAGUAUCUAGGAGCACACCACAUCGAUUCCUCAGUGUCACUGGAUGAAGUCUUCAGCAAUUCUGUUUUGUUUCCUAUGUUGCAGUUGGACACUGAUUUGGAAGGCCAGUCUUUAUCAGUUACACGCAAAAUGGAUAAAGCAACUCCAAUAAUAAACUUGUUUAAUUUAGUAACAUAUUUGAAGGGAGCUUCCAUUAUCCGGAUGCUUUCCAGUUUUGUGACCGAAACACUGUUUAUUAAAGCACUUCAUUCAUUUCUGAAUGCAUUUUCCUUUUCAAAUGCCAUCCAGGAUGAUCUCUGGAAUCAUAUUCAAAAGGUUAUAGAUGAACAAAAUGACACUCAUUUGCCAGCUAAAGUAAAGGUUAUAAUGGACACUUGGACUUGCCAAGUUGGCUACCCGGUCCUGACAGUAAAUUUCUCAACCGGAAAUAUCAGUCAAGAUAGAUAUUGGUCAAAAAAAGAUCAAAACAGCACAAACAACACAUGGAUUAUUCCAAUUUCUUGGAUAAGAAAUGGAACUGUACAGCCUUUAUUGUGGCUUGAUAAAAGUAGCAAAAUAUUUCCUGAGAUGAAAAUUUCAGAUGCGGAACGCGACUGGAUUAUUUUAAACGUGAAUGUGACUGGUUACUAUAGGAUUAACUAUGGCCAAACACACUUCAGAAAACUGGCCAAAGUACUUGAAAAUGACCCAAAGGUGAUUCCUGUGGUCAACAAGUUACAAUUGAUGUCAGAUGCUUAUAGCAUGCAGUGGUCUGGUUAUCUUGAGUAUGGUACUGCAUUAUAUUUCACUAAAUAUCUUGAAAAAGAAGAUGAAAUCGCAUUGUGGAAUACAGUGCUUUCUUAUCUAGACACACACACCUGGGAUUAUAUUCGGGAUGACUAUGAAUUAUAUCCAGUUUUAAAGAAAUACUUCUUACCACGAAUAUUACCAAUAUUUCAUCAUCAUGCAUCUCUCCUUCGUGGGGAUUUUGAAAUGGAGCCAGCUAUCUAUAUUACUACAAACAAUUUAGAAAAAAUAUUUGAAACAGUGUGUUGGUUUGGGAACCACGACUGCUUAAACCUUAUUUCUGAAAUCUUCACCAGAAGAAUGAACCAUCCCAAUAAUGAGGGUCCUAUCUGUUUUAGCACAUUUAUGUGUUGCUAUGGUGUUCGGAUGGGCAGUGACAAAGAGUGGGACUUUUUAUGGGAAAGGCAAAAGCAGAAUGUUACAGAAUUUGAUGAAGAAUAUCACAUAUUAUCUUCUCUGCCCUGCACCAAGGAGCCAUGGCUACUUCAAAGAUUCUUGCAGUCUAUCAUUAAUGAGUCUACAAUUGAAUUUUUUUAUGUAAGACAUGGAAUUGGAAAAGUGGCAAAAAAUGAAGUUGGUCAUCGUAUAGCAUGGAAAUUUAUAACAGACAAUUGGGAAUAUCUGUACAAUAGGAGUAAAUUUGGAGUGCUACGUGAUUUCAUGGCAUCUGUCAAUACUGAUGUAGAGGUGCAAAUGAUCCAAGGUUUUCUUAACAAUACACUUGAGCCAGAACAAAGUAUACAAGCAACUGAAAUUGUGCUGGAAGCAAAAUCUGCUAGGGAAAAAAAAAGAGAAUCACUGACGAAAAUGAUCAAGUGGCUAAAGAAAAAUAUGGAUGGCUGACAUUUGAGAACAUUUCCAAAUAUCUGUUUUGUCUUGGAUUUAUCUUAAUAUUUUUAGAAGAUGGACUUUUAUUGUAUUUGGAAAAAAAUGGAAAAAUGGAAUGUCACUUCAUGUUUCAGAUAGAAGUUGUCUUGUGAUAUGCUGUCCAGAGAAAAGGACAUUGUUCUGGUGACAAAAAUAUCACAUUUCAACCCACCCAGAACAUAUUUGCAUAUCUUUGAGGAAUACUUCCUUUUUAUGGAAAUGCACUUUAAAAAACUGAGUCUAAACAAUGUCUAAGAAUAUCGGAGUCUAAGAAUAUCUUGAACCAUAAACAAAGGGAACAAAGGAUAUUAUAGUUAUCAGAAAUGGAGAAGCAGAUGCUAGAACAAGCCAUCACUCUGCUUUGUGACUGGUGUGCUGUGUGAUGUCACAUCCAGCACAACAGUUUUCCAAAUUCAUUUUUUCAGUGGAGAUAAUGACAGUAGAGCCAUGUGUUCAGUUACAGUAUUAAUAUAUUGUAAUCAUUGCUGGCAGUGAUCUGUAGAUGCAUAACAGUCAUUAUUUUUACUCUAGAGAUUUUUCUACAUCAACUCAAAUGUAUGUAAAUUUAUUUUAUAAAUAUUCUCCAGAUUUUUACUCCACUGACUAUUUUGAAAUCUGGUAAACAACCAUGUUUAGCACUUGAAUCAUUAAUGUUCAAGCGGCAUAUUGUUGCUUAUGUAAUAUAGGGAUGUAUUUAUGUGUAUAAGCAUGACCAAAACAACAACAACAAUAAAGAAUAGCUUACAGAAUUACUUUCAGUGCCUUUAAACAUCUCUUCCACAUAGUUAGAUUUUAGGGUGCAUCUACACUGUAGAAUUAAUGCACUGUUGAAAUCCACUGUAUCACAGAAGGCAAAAUUUUGUCAUGUCUCAUUGUUUUCAUUGCUGCUUUGAUAUGAUGGGCAUUUGUAGAUCAGGGCAUCUAGUAUACCUGCAACAAACUUACUGUCUGAGCACAUAUCCUCAUGUAGCCAGAAUAUAACUAUCCAUACAUACAAAACCCCUAAGAUUUCAACAUACUGUUGGAAUCCUAUGUGUGUCAGAUUGGAAUGAAGUUUCCUUGAAGGACUCCUUGGUUGAAACCUGAAUAAAGCAUUCCCAGUUCCAACAUUUUGUUGCAGGUCCUGCUUGUUGAACAAAAAAUGUAUUUUUGUUAGCUGCACAUUACCCAGUUACGAGCUUACCAUUUUCAGAGUGGAAUUUAUAACCGAAGUUCAAAGAAAAUAUUGUAGAUCCUCUAUUUCUCCUAAAUUCAGAAUAAUUUCCAUGUUGGAAGGGCUUGUUUUACACAAACAUAAGUAUCCUCAAGAUUACAAUUAGUGUGUAUAAUGAUGGGAAUCAAACUAUGCACCUCAUUGAAUCGUUGUAACACAUUGUAUAUUGAAAUAUAUCCUAUGGACAUGGAAUAACUCUGUAUCUGACAGUGAAUUCUCAGAUUGGAAAAUGCCAUUAAAAAUUUCAUAUGAAACCACCCCUCCUUUUCCCAAUGUAUUCAUUUUGGUUCUCAAUGAAUAUUUUAAUGAACUUGAUAUGGGUAAUUGGUUAAUGUUUACAAAAGCAAUUUGAGAAAUAAAAUUAAAAUGCCUGUAUAGUAUUACUGGGUAUUGGUUUUGGUGCAGAUAAAUAGAUGGUGUUUUGCCAGCCACAUAGUAGUUUGAAUUUCAAGACAGUCUAUAGCAUUAUUUUUAUUUGCAAGAGCACUGAAUAUUUUUAAUGCUUUUGUAAUAAAUGCUUUGCUUAUAUUUAUUUGUUUUGAUCAGAGUUUAUAUGAUUACAGGAGCAAGCAUGCAAACAGUACCAUUUUCUGACUAAAUGAAUACUUUGUGUCCCCCCCUUCUCCAUUUUCAUACUUUUGUUGGAAUAUUCAAAGGACAAAUAUAUAAAUUUCAAAUAAGUAUUAUCUGGUACAUCUUCUAUAUAUAGAUUCUGUUCUGACCAUUAGAAUGGAAGUGCAAAAUGAAGAAAUGUGUGUUUUGAUACAUAUAUACAGAAGUUAAAAACUAUAUGUGUGGAUUGAGCACUGAUGGAUAGUUUUAACUUACAAAACUCAAGAAAUUCAACAGCUUUGAUUUCUACAGUGUGUUCCAAUUUACAUUAUAGUGCAAAACUAUGUUUAUAUUGAAGUUCUGUUGACUAUAUGGUACCAAAGUAAUAAUAAACUUUUAUUUCAAAACUGUU